GGACAAAUCAGUCCAGUAGUGGAAUAAAAGAGGUGCGCCAAGUAAUAUUGAAGGUGCGCCGAGAACGUCCGUUUUCACAAGUUCGGCAACUUGUGUAAAAGCACAGCGUAAUAGACAUCAAUGACACAUUUGGAUAUGGUUGUUCAGCCGAAUCUGCGGCAAAAAGCUGAUUCAAAGAGGCAACGAAUUUACGCCAACAGAGAGAAUGAAGAACGGAUGUCUGUAGACGAAGAGGGAGACGGGGUCGACGAGGGAGAGGAUGAAGACGAAGACGGCGAAGAAGAGGAUGAAAAAUACUGGUGGGAGGAUGAAGACGACGGGAUGCCGAAUUGGUAUCUCAGGAGUUACCUUUCACCCGACGAUGAAGACCGCAAGGAGCCGAUUGAUGCUUGUCCGUGUCGCGCGCAUAAUCUUGGUGAUCGCAGCAAACAGAUUAAUUUAGCUGGCCUUUCAGACGUGGUGGAGUUGAUUAGCGUCGAGAUUCGUGGAGAUGGGUGUCCUGACUUGAGCAAAAUCUGGGGAAUUGUCGAUGUUCAUGGGAUCUAUGGACACAUUUUGUUUGAUGUGAAGAAAAGUGACGCAACUGCCCCCUUACCACCGUCAUCUUCCAGCGCGAAACUGCAACUUCCCUUGAAUCGGGGGCCUAAUAGCCCGGAAGGCUGUCAAAUGAGUGAGAAAUAUGCCAUCUAUGUCUGUCUGAGGGAGAAAGGUACUGGCAAAUCGCUGGUAUAUGAUGAACUUUCUGGUGAGGCUCCCUGUAUGUACGCGGAACUCUAUUUUGAUGGAAAACUUACCCCUGCUGCCUCUUUUUCAGAAGACUUUAGAAAGUGUAAGGCCAACCCUUAUGGGCUUAGAGAAGAAUACCUUGCUUAUGGUCCUUCUAGGCUUCCAACUCCAAUCUUGGCCAAGUGGAUUGUUCAUCCUCUUGCUCUUCGAGCUGCCAUAAGAAUGGAGGUUUUGUUUCCAGCAGACAAGGGAGGCAGCAGUGAUGAUUGCUUGAAGCUUUACGGGGAGGUCACUGCUAGUUCCUGCAGAGUUAAGAAGCUCAAAACCCUGCUUUUCCACCACCAAUCAGAAGAAGGAAUACAAGUUACUCGCCUAGAACCUGGAAUUCCUCUUUCCAGAUCAGUCGUUGGUGUGUCUUUCCUCUUCUCGCUCCGACUCCAAUUGAGUCUACAUGUUGUGGGCAGAACGCCUUUGCCUGAUGUGCAAGAAAUGCUAAUCUUUCAUGCAUUUCCAGGAAAGCAUGAAAAGACUCCGCUAGACCUUAGUACAUCUGAGUUAUUUAAUCCUGACUACGCUAUAGAGGCACGGAAGAGGUUUCUUAAAAAAAAAUUGUAGGAGUUCAGGUGUGUGUGACGUGAUAUUUUAUGGCAUAUAAGCCCUACCAUCUUUUAGUGUAGACUUGUCUAAGUUUGUUCUCUUGCAUUACCCAUUAGAAGCAGUUUCUCUUUUUCAUUAUGCAUCCUUCUCUUCAAGUUUCAUGAAUGACAAUGUGCUGCUUUCCAUCAAUCUAUCUGGAUAAAUGGUAUGCCCAACUGAUCUGAGUGUUUACUUGAAUUGGAGACAAGGGAUUGGGAUUACAUAUGAACGGAGGCAAGACAACAUUUCUCAUUCAUGAGUACCUGCAACGUGGGGAGACAUUUCAGCCACUGUAGGUUUGUGAUUGCAUCAUUAUGUUGUAAACUCUGCUUCAUUGUAAUACUAUUAACAAUUAUCAUUGUUAUUAUUAUCUUUUUGUUGUUCUGUAAGACUGCUUCUGUAUUGCUACUUUUGAAAAAAUAAAGCAUGGUCUUAGUAUUUAUGCAAUUCUUUUCGUUGCCAAGUACGUAGUAGCUGUUUACAUAUUGCAGGCUGAGGCUUGAGGCUUGUAAUGACGUGGCUUUAGCCAUAGAUUCAAAUGAAGGAAAAAAUGUAAAAUUUUAUGCAACAAC